GUUCCAGACAGAACGUACUAGCCCCACUAGCGAUCCUGUUUCCUACCGUUAAAUGACGCUGGACGCACUACCUCAGUGUUUGUCCCGCUGUGACCUGCCCUGGUCGUGGAAGUCGUAGGAAGCAUUCAGAGAGACUCAGGAAAUCUAGAAAUGGACUCAGUGGCCAUUGCAGAUGUGGCUGUGAACUUCACCCUGGAAGAGUGGGCUUUACUGGAUCCUUCACAGAAGAAACUCUACAGGGAUGUGAUGCAGGAAACCUUGAGGAACCUGGCCUCAAUAGGGGGAAAAUGGGAAGAUUGUGACAUUGAAGAACAGUACAAAAACCAGGGGAGGAAACUAAGAAGUCACAUGGUAGAGAGAUUCUGUGAAAGUAAAGGCAGUAGUCCAUGUGGAGAAAACUUAAGCCUUAUUCCAAAUCUCACUCUGAACAAGAAAACUAUGAAAGAGAAACCACGUGAAUGCAAUGCAUGUGGAAAAGUCUUUACAUGUCACUCAUCCCUCUGUAGACACAUGAAGUGUCACACUGAACCUAAACCAUACAAGUAUCAGAAAUACGGAGAGAGACCAUAUAAUUGUAAGGAGUGUGGUAAAACCUUUCGCCAUCUCCAAUUUUUUAAUGCCCAUGAAAAAAAUCACAAUAGAGAGAAAAAAUAUAAAUGUGAAGAAUGUGGAAAAGCAUUCUAUGCCCGUGCAUCCUUUCAGACACAUGAAAGGAUUCACACAGGAGAAAAACCAUACAUAUGUAAGGAAUGUGGGGAAGCCUUCAUGUGGAGCACAGCCUUUCGAAGACACAUGAUAACUCACAGUGGAGCUGCUCCAUAUAUGUGCAAGGAGUGUGGGAAAGCCUUUAAUUGUUCCUCUUCAUUGCAAACACAUGAAACAAUUCACAGUGGAGAGAAACCCUAUCAGUGCAAACAUUGUGGAAAAUUCCUUCGAUAUUAUCAGAGUUUUCGAACACAUGAAAGGACUCACACAGGAGAGAAACCCUAUGAAUGUAAGCAAUGCGGAAAAGCCUUCAGUUGUCCUAGUUCUUUACGAAAACAUGAAAGAAUUCAUACCGGGGAAAAACCUUAUGAAUGUAAGGAAUGUGGGAGAUCCUUCCGGGGUCUCUCAAGCCUUCGAGCACACAUGAUCACUCACACUGGAGAUGGACCUUAUAAAUGUAAGGAAUGUGAGAGAGCAUUCAUUUCUCCGAGUUCCUUUCGAGUCCAUCAAAGGAUUCACACUGGGGAGAAACCCUAUGAAUGUAAACAAUGUGGUAAGGCCUUCAGUUACUACAAUUCCUUACAGUCACACAAAAGAACUCAUACUGGAGAGAAACCCUUUGAAUGCAAGGAAUGUGGGAAAGCUCUCUCCCAUCACCAAACCUUAAAAAUACACAUGAGACUGCACACUGGAGAGAAACCCUACGAAUGUAAACAGUGUGGUAGAGCCUUCAGUCACUACAAUUCCUUAGAGUCACACAGAAGAGCUCACACUGGAGAGAAACCCUAUGAAUGCAAGGAAUGUGGGAAAGCCCUCUCCCACCACCAAACCUUAAAAGUACACAUGAGAUUGCACACUGGAGAGGAACCCUAUGAAUGUGAACAGUGCGGUAGAGCCUUCAGAUAUUACACGUCUUUCCAAACACACAAAAGAGUUCAUGCUGAGAAGAAAUUCUGUGAAUAAGGAGUAUGGAAAAGCCCUUAGUUGGUCAACUUCAGUGUGAAAACGUGAAAGAGUCCACACUGGAGAGAAAGCCUAUCAGUGUAAACAAGGUGGAAAAGCCUUCAGAUAUUUUCAAAGUUUGCAAGCACAUGAAAGGACUCCCAUAGAAAAGAAACCUUGUAAAUGUAAGCAAUGUGGUAACUCCUACUGAAAUAACACUUCCCUACUGACAAAUGAAAGAACUCAUGCUGAAGAGAAACCCUAUAAUUGUAAGGAAUGUAGAAAAGCCUUCAGAGGUUAAUCAGAGUUUUGUUUGUUUGUUUUGUUUUGUUUUGAAGACAUGAAAAACAUCAGAGUGGAGAGACUGUGGUAAAACCUUCAUUUGUCACAAAACAUAUGAGAGUGCACCCUGGAGAGACACUGUAUGAAUGUAAAGAAUGUAGGAAAGCCUUCAGUCAUUGCAGCUCCAAAAGGAUGCAAGGACUCAGUGGUUAAAACCUCUUGCGUUAAACAGCCUGGGAAAGACUUCAGUGGUCCCACAUCUUUACAUGUGAAAACUCCCUCUGGAAAGAAAUAUGAAUUUAAGUAACAUGAGAAACUUAAUGGGAAUUAAUCUAUGUGUAAUGUUUCAGAAAACAGGAAAGAGUUGCUAUUAAAGUUAUAAAUUUA